CGUCUUUCAGGCUCCACCUCCUGUCAUAAAAGGCGCGUGCGCAGUCGCAGUCAGUCUCUGCUUUUGAUCUUCGGAGCUGCUGCCGUUAAACCGGUCUGUCGAGAAUCAUGGCUGAUCUUGACGAGCGCACGUUCAUUGCCGUGAAGCCCGACGGCGUGCAGAGGGGAAUUAUUGGAGAGAUCAUCAAGAGGUUCGAGAUGAAGGGCUUCAAGCUUGUUGGCAUGAAAAUGCUCCAUCCCUCACAAGAACUUCUGAUGAAGCACUACAUCGAUCUGGCGAGCAGGUCUUUCUUUCCAGACCUCAUCAAGUAUAUGAGCUCUGGUCCGGUGGUUGCCAUGGUGUGGGAGGGUAAGGGUGUGGUGAAGACGGGCAGGGUGAUGCUGGGCGAGACCAACCCGGCUGACUCCAAACCUGGAACCAUCAGAGGAGACUUGUGCAUCGACGUCAGCAAGAACAUCAUCCACGGCAGCGACUCCGUGGAAAGCGCCCAAAAAGAGAUCAGUCUGUGGUUCACGCCUGACGAGCUGGUCCAGUACACCAGCUGUGCCAUCAAGUGGAUCUACUGAGUCUAGCAGCAGUAGCAACUCUCAAACUGGUCUGAGACCAGUUCAGCUCGCAUGCUUUGAGCCUUUUGAACCUACGGUGAAGUGGAUCCUUGGCGAGCCGUGAUCCUGGAUCUUCAUCCUUACCCGGAUCACUCUCUGAGGUCCAUAUCUGGUUUUUCAUGGUGUCAUUCCUGCACUUCAUUCCAUAAACAUUCCAUCAUCGCUGAGUGUUCAGCGACUGAACCAGUUUUGUUUAGUGACCUGCUUUCCAAUAAAACGCACACGAUGC